AUGGAAUCAAAUGGUGUUCAGGAAGGGACCUCUAUUGGAAAUCAACUACCCACUCAAGUUCCUAUAGAUCUGACUAGUGUGUUCUAUGUUCAUCCAUCUGAAAGUGUUGGAUCCACAAUUGUUCCAGUCCUUUUCGAUGGAUCUGGGUAUCGUUCAUGGAGACGAGUUGUUCUUCGAGGACUGUCUGUAAAGAAUAAAACUGGGUUCAUAAACGGCAAGGUGUUGAAGCCACCUCUUGAUUCACCUGGUUUUGCUCAAUGGGAAAGAUGUGACGAUAUGGUCACGUCUUGGAUUUUGAAUUCUCUGUCUAAAGAUCUCAGGGACAGUCUGCAGUAUGUUGAUAAUGCAAAAGAACUUUGGGAUGAAUUGGAGGACAAGUAUAAUCAACCAAAUAGAGCAAAAUUAUAUCAGCUACAACGUGAACUCAGUGAUCUUAGUCAGGGGAAUCUCGAUGUAAUUGGGUACUACACUAGGAUAAAAAAGUUGUGGGAAGAGCUUAGCACUUUGGACACUAAUUCACAAUGCACAUGUUUGUGCACAUGUGGUGGAAAGUCGAAGAUGCACAAAGCUGAACUUGACAGGAGACUAAUUCAGUUCUUUAUGGGACUAAAUGAGGUAUAUACUAUUGUGAGAGGAAGCAUAUUAAUGAUGAACCCACUACCUACUAUGGCCCAAGCCUUUUCUAUCCUUUUUCAAGAAGAGAGACAAAGGGAAGUCAAACCUCAUAUGGACUAA